AUGUUACGAACAUUGCUUCUAUUAUUGUCAACAACAAUUAUAUCCGUUUCAAUGUUAGUCUGCUAUGAUUGUCCACUUAGACAUUAUGGUUUUCUGCUAACACCGGAUAAUAUUCCCAUAUUUACUGAUUGUACAACAACUAUUACAACGGGCAAUUUUUGCUCAUUAAAUAUUUAUUCAGAUGACAAUGGAAAAACAAGUAAGCUAAGAGCUAAUCCAAACAUGGGUACCGAACGUGCAAAUGUUUCUUAUAUUUUAACGGGAUUUGAUGUCCCAAAGAGCUUUGAUGAAAUUGUGGGAUUCGGCAUUUUGUAUCAGUGUAUGAAUGAUAAUUGCAAUAAUCCACAAAUGAUAUUAAAACGAAUACUUCAAGCAUCAAAAAUUGAAACAUACAAACCACCUCAGUUACAAUGGGCAGUUGAUCAAUCCUCACCUAGUCCAACUCUUUUGUGUUCAACAUUUUCAAACUUUACAAGCAUCGAUGAAUGUCGUCCACCAUUUCAUGUUCGUGAAUCAUCAAAUUCUGUUGAUAUUUGUUCAACAUAUUGUGUUACAGCAAUCAGAAUCGAUCCAGUAGACUUAAAAACUGAAAGUGUAUGUUCGUAUUGCGAGCAAGAAACGACAGAACGAUUUCUCUACAUUGAUGAAAGAAUACAUUUAUUAGACAAACGUAUUAGUUAUUUACAACAAUUAGAUUAUCUCUGUAAUACAAGUAACUAUUGUAAUUCAUUGGACAAUAUACGACAAAUACAACAAAGAUACAAAAUAGAAUUUGAUUUUGAUAUAUUUUUUGGUUCUGAUAGUACAACGAUGAUGACCCAAACUACCAGUGACAUGACAAUGAUUACGAAAGUCACAACUGGCACACCAAUGAUCACCACAACCCGAAACAGUAUGACGAUGAUGACCAUGAAUGUUAACUUACAAUUAAUAACCUAUUCAUUUUUAAUUCUCUCAGUUUUUCUUGAAUAA